AUGGAGACGCCCUUCUCCUGGUCGUCCAGCGGACGAUCGGUCCUCAAGCUCAACAUACGUCACCUGUGGCUCUACGGAGUGUGGCCGUUGGGUAGUUUCCCCCUUUUCGAACUGUACGUCAUCUUCGUUUUCGCUCUGGGCGUCUGGAACUUCGUGGAAGCUUCAGUGUCCGUCUCCUUCAGCUGGCGAGACCUAGAGGCCACAACGCUGGUGCUGACCAACACCUUCACCAUUUUCAGUGGCACCGUCAAACUGGCCUUUUUCACGAGAGACCGGCGGCUGUACAACUCGUUGGUCCGGCGCGUCGACUCGCUGAUGUUGGUUCAAAGCGAGCCGUGCUCCAGAGAUCCAGCGCUGGAGAAGAUCGUCCAGAGGUCGCGUAGGCAAGCGUCCCGCCUCACACUGGGCAUGCUGCUCUUCAUGGCGUCGCAAGGCCUCAUUUGGUUCCCGAUGCCACUCAUUGCCCACCCGGGCGAGAGGCGCCUACCCUUCGCACAGCACCUGUGGGACAACAAUACUGCCUUCUACAAGCUGUCGUACACUCUCCAGUGUGUGACAAGCUUGUGGAUGGCCGAGAUCACCUUCGGCUUGGAUUGUCUGUUCGCAUCGAUCAUGAUACUGGUAGCCGCACAACUGGAGGUGCUCGCUCUGAGGAUCAUGAAGCUUAAGGCGGGCGACAGCGGUGCCGAUGAAGUUUGCCGAUCGCUGAGCACAUUUUCUAUUGCUCAUGAGAAAAUGUACAGCGAUCUGUGCCUUUGUAUCGAAAGCCAUCAGCAAAUCCUCAGGUUCGUGAGGCACCUAAACGACACCAUGAGCCCAAUAGCAAUGACGCAGUUUGUCUUCAGUGUCCUCGUCGCAUGUGUGGCGCUAUUCCAAGCGACAUACGGCUCAGACAUCACUGGAGUUAUCAGAUGCAUCUCUUUUCUUCCCAUACCGGGAGGUCAGGUUUACCUUUAUUGUUGGGCUGCUCAUCACGUAACAGAACAGGCAGCGGCAGUUUCGGGUGCGGCGUACAGUUGCUCGUGGGUGGACGCAAGUGAGGGCUUCAAGCGUGUCUUGAGGAUCCUCAUCAGUCGCGUCCAGAAGCCGCUGAUCCUCACUGCCGGACAUCUGUACCCGAUCAACAGGGAAGCCUUUCUUUCGCUGGUGAAUGCCUCCUAUACGUACUACGCACUGUUGGGUCAAAUGAACAAGCGCCCUACAAACUGAGGAGCCAUGGAUAUUAAUAUCCAUAUUUUCCUCGAAUUGUUACGAGUUUUAGCAGCCCAUUUUCCUAAUGUAGCAUGUUUAGAAAAAACGUCAGUUACUAAGUAGUAUGCUUACGUUACUGUAAUUAGUAAAUAUGAAGAAUUUAUAUGUAAAAUAAUAAAACCAUGAGAAAACAACAAAGAACACAGAAUAAUUUAAACCUGUGUAAUGGAACGAAAGGCUGUGUUGUGUAGCCUAUUUGUAGUAUUCAAAAUGUUUCCUCUAAUACUGGAAUUGCUGUGGCACUACAGAUACAUACUUUUACCUUUACAUGGAUGAUGAAUGUCGGUUAUGAUUCACAAAUAGUUAUUAAUCCUUUUAUCAAAUAAUUUUGUAUUUCCCACACGUUUCCAGAGUUUUAAGACAGAGGACCAAAUAUGUCUAGAAAUACAUACAAAUCUUUUGAUUGUCCUAUACAUUGGAAAUGAGAAAUAUAUUUUUUGAAGGAAGGUAAACAUGAAUAUCUUUCUUUUGAGUUUUUUCACGCUUUUAACUGUUUGCUUUCCCUGCUAUCAUUGCUUUACAUCAGGAUCAGAUUUACAUAAUACCAAGUGAGGUAAUAUGU